AUGCUCUUCCGACGCUCGAGGAUCUUUUUAAGCUUCCGACAGCUCGCUAAUGGUAGGUGAGCGCACGCAGAUCCAAGAGACAUUCGGUCAGUUCUUUCAGACCAGACAUCGCCACGACGUCAUCGAAAUUCGUCACCGAACGAUGGUCGGUGCUAGUCGUGCAUCCGAAAGUGAGCCUCGACUUUCAUCCGAUUUUUCCACAACAAUAUAUUGUAGGUCCGAUGGGGAUCUGGCUCGGCGUCGGUGUUGAAACAGGCGGAUCGGCAGCUCGAGGAAGCGGUCGCGCUGGUCAACAAUCUGCCGAAUAUGAUUGCCGUAGAGUGAGUGGUAAAAUCGACACAUUUACUGAAAAAAAGGUUCGACAUUAGAAUCGGAGUUGGCAGCGAGCCAAGGACACGCCUCCCAAACAGUUUCCACUGCAACUGCCGCACGCUAUUUGGGGGGCGUGUCCUUGGCUCGCUGCCAACUCCGAUUCUAAUAUCGACCCGUUUUUUUUUCAACAGUAGUUCGAAAUUGAAGAUGUUCUAUCGAUUUUGUGCUGAGAAUGCUUGAAAGUCAGUCAUUUUUGCUUUUACACGUGAAAAAGAUAUUUUCUUGGUUUUUCCAGUAGCCUGGUAAUGCCAGUGGACUACAACACGAAGCGCAAGUCAAUCUGGGCAACUGGUAACAUCGAAAAGCUCAUGGUGCGUCGAGAGACGGCCCGUGCGACCGCCCUGAUGGUCAACGUGGACGUGCUGAGUCCCGCGCAACAAGAGGAACUCUACCGAAUCUUCGAAGUGCCCGUCUUCGAUCGAUACAACAUUGUGCUCGCCACUUUCAAAGAGUUUGCGCGAACCGAGGAGGCUCGACUUCAGAUCGCGCUUGCCGAGAUUCCGUACAUCAAGCAUCGGAUUCACGCGUUGGCGUCGAGACGCCUGCAUUCCCGGCCCGAGAUUUUGCACGUCGAGCAGCAGUACGCGGAAGUCGACGGAGAUUUGAAUGAGAUUUUGAGGAAACGAGAGCAGGAUUUGAGGAGAGAGCUCAAGGAGGCGACACGGAAGAGCACGGAGCAGCAGUCGACUAGCCACACGUCCGACGCCGUCGUGGCUGUCGUCGGGUACACGAACGCCGGAAAGACGAGUCUCGUGAAGCGGGUGACGGGCGCGGUGUCUCUGAAACCGAAAGAUCAACUUUUUGCCACGCUGGACACGACACGCCACGUGGCGAAACUGCCGUCCGGCCGUUCCGCAGUGUUCACGGAUACCAUCGGAUUUCUGAGCGAUCUGCCGAUGCACUUGAUCGCUGCGUUCGAAGCGACUCUCGCACAUGUCAAGCUGGCGGUGGCUGUCAUCCCUCGUGCGGCAUUCCUUAAUAAUUUUUAAUUGCAGGACGUGAUAAUUCACCUGCGCGACGUCUCGAAUGCCGACUGGAAGGCGCAAGAAGAAGACGUCGUCGCCACACUCAAAUCGAUCGGAGUCGCUAAAAACGUACUUGAGCAGCGAAUGAUAACAGUCGACAACAAAGUCGAUAAAGAGGGCGCCGCCGACGCUUCCGCGACGGGCAACGCGGUCCGAAUUUCGUGCGAAACCGGCAGCGGAAUGCGCGAACUCAUCGAUGUGAUCAGUUUGAAGGUGACGGAGGCGACCAAGUGCAAGACGAUCCGACUGCGGCUCGACGUCCGAUCGCCUGUCAUCGAAUGGCUCUACCACAACGAUUUUGUGGUUGUCGAGCCGCGAGCGGACGGGGAUAACACUCUGAUCUUCGACGUGGUUAUGAACGAGUCGGAGAUCGGGAGGUUCCGAAAACAAUUUGCUCAUUUGAAAAAGAAAUAGAAAUAAAGCUUUAUUGAAUUGUUUUUUUGUCAUAUUCUAUCCGUGGUUUAGUUUUCAACCAGUUUUCAAUUAUCUGCAUUAUCAUUGUCAACUCUUAUCCGAUUACUCACUCAAACUUUUCAGAAUGAGCACCGCGACCACCUCAAAGACAGAUGACAAAAAAGAGAAGAAAAAAGUGAAGGAGCCGGUGAAAAAGGAGAAAAAAGUGGUGAACCAUGAGCAAGUGAAAGUGGUGAUCCGUCGUCUGCCGAAGCACAUGACCGAAAAGGAGGUGCUCGAGCAGAUCAGUCCAUUGCCCGUAGAGGUCCUCGGCACAUACUUCCGCCCCGCCAACUCCUCGUUCGACCGUUCCGCGUUCGCCUCGCUUACCCUUCACUUUUCGGAAUACUGCGAUGCCCUCGUCGACUUCGAGCGUCGCUUCGACGGCUACAUCUUCGUCGAUUCGCGUGGAAACGAUUCUGCGGCGAGCGUCGAGGCGGCCGUCAACCAGGCGUUCUCGAAGUGCGACCGUGCGCGUCUCGCCGAAGACAGCCGCGUCGGCGCCAUUCUCACCGAUCAGUACUACCUGGACUUCUGCAAGAAACUCGAAGAAGAGAGGAAUACGCCGGUGAUGACUCUCGAGCAACAAAUCAAGAAGCUCGGGCGUCCUGAGGAUCCAAGAACUCGUAAGAAUGGAACGUUUAGAUGCAUUUAAUCAGUUAUUAUUCAGAAAUCGAUCGUCUCGAGACUCCACUCGUCAAGUAUUUCUUCGCUAGAGAAGCCGGAAGACGUCGUGACAAUGAAGUGCGAAGAAAUCGCCGCGACGAACGGAAAGCGGCAGGAAAAUCGCCGAAAAGUGUGAUUGACCUUCUGUUGAAACCUUCCGCUUCCGCUCCGAGAAAAGAGCCGAGAACGCCGUUGACAGAACGAGAAAAGGAGGAAAAAUACGCGAGAAUUGAUGCGAAGGUGAGAAGAAAAGAGGAAAAUAAUCGGAAUGUGUUAAUUUCAGAGAAAAGAGCGUGAUGCUCUUCGAAAAAAGAAGUUCCUCGAGGAAAAGAAGCGAAAGCGCGAGGAACGUGAAGCCGAACUUCAGAAUCCAGGCCAGGAACGUUCUGAUGCUGCUGGACCUCCUCGGGAGCCCCGGGAACCACGGGAACCCCGGGAAUACAAAAAGAAAGAACGUGGCCCAAAACCACCACGUCCGGCUCCGGCAAAAACACUCGGAGAGCAGCAAGGUGUCGACUGGAUCCAGAAGUUGACGUCUCAGAGUUUGCAGUUGAAAAAGAAGCACGAUGUAAGCAAAUAGCCCCAUAAGCUCUUGAUUUAAACCCCUCCGAAAGCUUACAGUCACCUCCAAACUGACCAUUGUGAAACUGCUCAAUGUUCCCGCUCCAUCUCCCGGUGCGCAGACUGUUGUGAAGUCGUCGCUGCAGCCAAGUGUGAAUGCUGCGAAGUCUUUGAAACCGCCACGGAUCCGCCGUCCGAAGACGGAGAAACGGUCGUAGAGCGGCCUUCCAAUGUUUAAGUCCUAAUUUACUUGUUAUCAAAGUGUUCCUUACCCGCAUUGUUUCCCCAAUCUACCUCGACAAUUCGUUCCUAAUCAAUCUUUCUGUGCCCCCAAAAUACAGUAUUCAUUUGUUGUGAUCAAUUCGCCUGAAAAGAAAGAAAAGAAAAUUAUAUAGUUUUUUCUGUUUCUUGUUCGAUGGGAAAUCCCUGAGGGAAUGUCUCCUCUCUUUUUCUUCCUCCUCAUCCUUCUGCGCUAAUUUUGUGUUGUUUAGGUGACCACGACGCCAGUGAGACCAUCUGCCCGUACAAAAUGGUAAGGAAUACCAAUUAGGAUGACUCCGCACGCGCGCACGCGGAAGCGGAACGCACAAGUUUCUUCUUCCGCAGCAAUUAGCAUCUAUUAGGCCUUUAUCUAUUCUUAGAGAAAAUUUCUCUAAAAAACUUGAGUUUUCUCUUUUACAGCCGUUCCUCGCGCUCGAAAUCAAAUGCGUGCUGAAAGGAGUGACGGAGCUGCGUCCGGACGCGCCGGAAUCGUUUCACUGGCAUUUGAAGCUCAAGUGCACCAACUGCGGAGAGGCUCCCGAACACUGGCAAUACGUCGUCAUCGAUGUGAGCAAAUUGGUCCGCUUCUUCUUGCAGAACAGUGAAUGAUUUAGGAGACGCUCGAAGUGCCCGGAAGUCGUGGAGAGGCGAAUCUAGUGGAGAAGUGCAAGCUGUGCGGAAGAGUCAACACGCUCAGUGAGUGCGGAGUGAGCACAAAAAGGGCGGCAUUUGAGGGUUUUAAGUUCACGUGACCUUGUGGUCAAUUCAGACAGAUUUUUGAAGAAGAAAUGAGUAAAAUGAUAGUUUUCACGUGAGCUCGAGGUCAAUUCAGGCAGAUUUCCUGAUUGAUUUGAAAAAAGUGCAGCUUUCACGUAAAAAUACAAAGUUUUGGCAAAUUAUGAAGCUAUAUCGUACAAGGUGCUCUCGCUGUUCCAAUCCGAUAUUUCAGGCAUUCUGGGAGACCACAUCUCGAGCUACAACGCGGAAAAGAACGACGAGUGGCAAGUGUGCACGAUCUUUGACUGCCGCGGACUCGAACCGUUCGAUUUCGACCCGAGAGUAAAUCUCUCUUUCUUUUCUAGGCCUCAUGAACAUAUUUCAGGCCGAAUGGAUUGCGAACAGCAUCGAAACCGGCAAACCGUUCAAGGAGAUCGACUUGUCCGAGAAGGAGUGGGUCGAUUUUGACGACAAGGCGAUGGAAGCAGUCGAGAUCAGCGAGUUCCAGUCGCGCUUCGUCCACGCCAAGGAUCCGAAGAAGAAGUGA